GAAGCAGUAUGAGUACCAGCAGACAUCAUUUCACCGAGGCAGACAGGGUGGAGGAGUCGCGUGUAUCUUUGAGGAGCUGUGAAGUCGCAACAGGCAGAAACUGAGUUAUCGGGUCUAGAUGUCUCUCUAAUUACAAAGAUGGUUCAUGAUUGAACUUCGUAACUGUACGUAGUAAAUUUGUACAGUGCUCGUGCAGGUACUUAGAGCUACAGCUACGGUUUUCUUGUCCAUCCUAGAAGAAAAGAUGGCUGACAUACCGUUGGAAGGCAUUGCGGACGAGCAGAAAGUGUAUCUGCGAAAUGCGGUGGGAUCGGCUCUGACAAACGCCCUGGUGGUGGUUGCGAAGGAAAGGUAAAAGUACUUGUUGUUACGAUUGAUUCCUGCUGAAGAUCUGGAAGAUCAUUCUUGCUACCCUCGUUCGUUCUUUUGCAGAAAAAUGAACAUAGGCAUUUCAGGCCCAGCGCACCAUUUUUAUACUCUUCAUCAAUUACCACUAAAGGUAUCUGCAGAGCCAGCUUGGCGCCACAGCAUCCGAGACCAGCUUGCGGGUAAUGGCUGCGCAUUUGCGCGCCAACAAUCCGGAGCGGAGCGACAUCUACCGAGCGAAGAAAAAGGACGAGUACGACGAGUUUGUGCAAUCCUGCACCCUGCGGAAGCGACUAGCCGAGCUGAUUGCGCGAAGGCAGGAUUUGAAACAGAGCUGGAAAGCAGACGAUGAGAAGGAGUACGUGAAGCUCUGCAAGCAAUUUGACUCGCUCAACAAGAACAAAUAAAGCUUUCUGUUGCUCGGACUGCCACCAUAUACAAUGUCAAUGAAUCUUCAGCUGCAGCCAGUCGUGAAACAGCCAUAACGCUUGUGGUAUUUUCUUGAAGUGUUACCGAAAGUAAGAUAAAGAUUCAAAGAAACUGAUCUUUCUACGACGCCGCAGCAAAGAAAAGCAUGCCGC